CGGAGGGGUCGGCCGGGACGGGAGAGGGUCGGGAUGGAGCGGGAAGAGGCUCGGGAUGAACCGGGAGGAGGCCGGAUCUGCAGGGAGGCCGGGCGGAGGGGCUUGCGUUGGUCGUGGCGAACCCUCGGCCGAGCGCGUCCUUUCUUCCUUUCCCUUCUCCCCUCACUUUCUUCAUUUCCCCUUUCCCCUUCCCUUCGUUUCCUCCUUUCCCUUCUCCCUUUCCCCUUCCUUCUCCCCUUUCCCCCUCGCCGUUUUCCUGCUCCAUUCCCCCUUCCCGUACCCCCCGUUCCCUUUCUCGGUUCCCGGGCAGGCCGGGCCGCUGAGGGCUCCUUCCCUCCGUCCCCGCUUUCCCCUCACAGGCACCGAGCCAUGCGGAGCUGGGGCGUGCUGGGGGGAGCGGCGGCGGCCCUGGCGGCCGGGAUUUACGUCCUGUGGGGCCCCAUCACCGGCAGGAAGCGGCGCCGGAGAGGGCUUGUCCCAGGUCUCCUGAACCUUGGCAACACGUGUUUCAUGAAUUCCCUGCUCCAGGGCUUGUCCUCCUGCCCCUCCUUCAUCAGGUGGCUGGAGGAGUUCACGGCACAGUACAGAACAGAGCAGGAAAAACCCCAGGAACAGCAUCAGCACCUGUCAGUGACUCUGCUGCAGCUCCUGAGAGCUUUGUCCUGCCAGGAGGUGACAGAGGACGAUGUCCUGGAUGCCAGCUGCCUGCUGGACGUGCUGAGGAUGAACAGGUGGCAGAUCUCCUCCUUUGAGGAGCAGGAUGCCCACGAGCUGUUCCACGUCCUGACCUCUUCCCUGGAGGACGAGCGGGAUCGGCAGCCCCGUGUCACCCACCUGUUCGAUGUGCAUUCCCUGGAGCAACCAGAAAUAACCCAAAAGCAAAUAAGCUGCAGGACAAGAGGAUCUCUUCCCCCUGUGUCCAACCACUGGAAAUCUCAGCACCCUUUCCAUGGAAGGCUGACCAGCAACAUGGUCUGCAAACACUGUGAGCACCAGAGCCCUGUGAGGUUCGACACCUUCGACAGCCUCUCCCUGAGCAUCCCAGCGGCUGUGUGGGGUCGUCCCAUGACAUUGGACCACUGCCUCCAUCACUUCAUCUCCUCAGAGUCUGUCAAGGAUGUUGUGUGUGACAACUGCACCAAGAUCCAGGCAGAAGGAAUUCUGAAUGGACAGAGCAUAGAAAACCAGAGAACCACGUUUGUUAAGCAAUUAAAGUUAGGAAAGCUGCCCCAGUGUUUGUGCAUCCACCUGCAAAGGCUGAGCUGGUCAAACCAGGGCACUCCCCUGAAGAGACACGAACACGUCCAGUUCAACGAGUUCCUGGUCAUGGACAUCUACAAAUAUCGAGUUCCUGGCCCCAAACCCAGCCAGGAGCAGCUCAGCCAGAGGAGCCCUGAGGAGACAACCCCUGGAAUAAAGGAUGGGAGAGCAGGGAAACCUUCAGAUGCAGAACAACCAGCUGGUACCAAACCUCUCUUCAUGAAUGGUGCCUCCUCUUCCUCCUCUUCCUCAUUUUUAAUGUCACCAGGAACUUUCCCACUUGCUGCAUUCCCUGAGUGCAGGGCCCCGCUGUACCUGUACCGCCUGAUGGCCGUGGUGGUGCACCACGGGGACAUGCACUCGGGACACUUUGUCACCUUCCGGCGCGCGCCGGGCGCCCGCGGCAGCCAGUGGCUCUGGGUGUCGGACGAGUCCGUGCGCAGGGCCAGCCUGCACGAGGUGCUGGCCGCCAGCGCCUACCUGCUCUUCUACGAGCGCGUGCACGGCCGGGGCCAGCCCCAGAGCCCCGCACAGCGCUGAGCCGGGAGCGCCGGGAUCGUCCUGGGAGUGCCGGGAGUGUCCUGGGAGUGCCAGGAUCAUCCUGGGAGCGCUGGGAGCUCCGGGAUCCUCCCAGGAGUCCUCGGAGCGCCAGGAUUGUCCCAAGAGUGCCGGGAUCAUCCUGGGAGCACCAGGAGCUCCGGGAUCCUCCCCAGAGCGCUGGGAUUGUUCCAGGAGCGCCAGGAUCAUCCUGGGAGCACCAGGAGCUCCGAGAUCGUCCUGGGAGCACCGGGAGCACCAGAAGCACUGGGAUUGUCCCAGGAGCCCUUGGAGCACUGGGAUCUUCCCAGGAGCGUCAGGAUCAUCCUGAGAGCCCUCAGAGCACCGGGAUUGUCCCAGGAGCGCCAGGAUGAUCCCAAGAGCACUGGGAUCAUCCUGAGAACCCUCAGAGCAUCAGGAUCAUCCCGGGAGUCCUCAGAGUGCCAGGAUUGUCCCAGGAGCACCGGAAUCAUCCUGGGAGCACCAGGAGCUCUGGGAUCUUCCCAGGAGCACCAGGAUCAUCCUGAGAGCACCAGGAUCAUCCCAAGAACUCUUGGAGCACCAGGAUCAUCCUGAGAGCACCAGGAUCAUCCCAAGAACUCUUGGAGCACCAGGAUCAUCCCAGGAGCACCAGGAUCAUCCCAAGAGCGCUGGGAUCAUCCCAAGAGCCCUCAGAGCACCAGGAUCAUCCUGAGACCACCAGGAUCAUCCCAAGAACUCUCGGAGCACCAGGAUCAUCCCAGGAGCACAAGGAUCAUCCUGAGAGCACCAGGAUCAUCCCGAGAACUCUUGGAGCACCAGGAUCAUCCCAGGAGCACCAGGAUCGUCCCAAGAGCGCUGGGAUCAUCCCGAGAGCCCUCAGAGUGCUGGGAUCAUCCCAAGAACCCUCAGAGCACCAGGAUCAUCCCAAGAACCCUUGGAGCAUCGGGAUCGUCCCGGGAGCACCAGGAUCAUCCUGAGAGUGCCAGGAUCGUCCUGAGAACUCUGAGCACCAGGAUCUUCCCAGGAGCACCAGGAUCAUCCCAAGAGCGCCAGGAUCAUCCUGAGAGCCCUCGGAGUGCUGGGAUCAUCCCAGGAGUCCUCAGAGCACCAGAUCAUCCUGAGAGCACCAGGAUCAUCCUGAGAACCCUUGGAGCACCAGGAUCAUCCCGAGCGCCCUCGGAGCGUCGAGCCUCUCUGUUAUGCAAAACCUCCCCCCUGUCCCGGCUCCCUUCCCUGUGGUAACACCUGGGAAUUGUGGUUUGUACCCAAAGCCCGCUGUUCCAGCUCGGGGUGUGUGUUGAGAAGCGUUUUCCUGCCUUGUCCCAAGGCUCUGUUCCCUGUCCUGACACUGCACUUUUCCCAGGGAGAUGCUUUAUCCCCCACAUUUCAUUUCCAACAUUUCAUUUCCCAAGGGGGAGCCCUGCAAAGGGCUGAUGCCAAGCUGCUGCUGCAGAGCCCAUCCCCAUCCCCAUCUCUCCCCUGGCACCUCUCCAUUAUGCACCAGCCCCUCCCUUCCCUGUGGCAAUGCCCGGGAAUUGUGUUUUGUACCAAAAUUCCCGGAGCUGUUCCCACGUCCAGCCCCGAUGUGUUGCGAGGCCUUUGUCUGUCAGGCAGGGAUUUUAUCCCAAGGCUCUGUUCCCAACAUUUCCCAGUGGGCAGCCCUGGGAGGGGGUGAAGGGAAGCUGCUGUUGGCAAAGGCAAUGAUUGAACACACAAAGUGCCUUGAGCUUCCCUCAGCAGCUGCGUUGCCACUGGGCCAGCCCCCUGCAGGCCCACUGUGUCCUGGGAAUGCCUCACAACCACGGGAUGAGCUCCUGGAAUCACAUUUCUCCUGUCCUAUCAAGGAAAGGCAUCUCCACUAAAGAUUUCCCCGUUCACACGAUUUUCCUCCCACUUCUUUGUAAAGUCCUUCUCCUGAUUUAAACUGCUUUAUCCAGGAGAUAAUUUUGUAUCUAUUAAGAGCUGAAACCUUAAUUUAUUGCUCCAUACCUUUGGAAUUUAGCUGGAAUCAGCACAUGGAGGUGUUUGCUAGUGCUCAGUGUUGUCAUUUCCUUCAGCACUGUCGAAUCCAGUUGUUUUGUAGCAUCAACUACAACUUUUAAUGCUGUGAUUUCCAAGCUGCUGUAACUGUUCCAGACUUGCCCUUCCCAUUUUAUUGCUGGAAUCUGCUAUUCCCAGCAUUGGGAUCCACGCUCCUGGCUUGCAGCUGAGCUGUAGAGCAGCCCCUGGCCUUGUUAAAUAGAAUAUAAACAGCAGGGCCAAGAUUGGUGGGCCCUUAAUGGUCUCGUGAAGAAAUCUGGGAAUCCUGCAUCAGCUCCAGGCUGCCCUGUAAAUAGAAAUAAGGGGAACUCUGCUGCUCUGGAUUGUUUGAUGUGAAAAAAAAAAUAUCCCAAAGCACAGAAGGAGAAGCAGCAAAAAUCCUCCUUUAAAAACCUGCUUUUAAAUGACCAGGAAUAAAAUAUGUAGGUUGUUUUUAGCUCUUUUCUGUCCUUGUAAGCUUGGAGGAGAAAAAUCCCUCAUCAGACAAGCUUUUUUUUCAGUGUGAAGUUUUCAAAUAACAGCUGUCUUAAAUAGGUUUUUUUAGGGCAACUUUGUACCUCAUGAAUUCAUAGUGCUGCCCAAAGCUCGGGGGUGUUCACACUUCCUCAGGAGUGGCUCCAAACCAGCCAAAGCAGGAGUGGUAAAAUGGGUGGAUAUGCAAAAUGAUUUACAAAACUCAUCAUUCCAGAGUCUGGAGCACAAUUCCUGGCCCAGGUAAUGCUCACAGUAAAUAAAUAUUGAUAAAUCCCCUGCUGGGCUGGGACCUGGUUCCUGGCUAUGCUGCACGAGCAGUAGCUUGGUUUUAACCUGUUUUAAGCUACAGAAAACCACGAAAACAAAUUUAAAAAAAAACCCUUGAAGGAUGCAAAAUGCCAAAAAUUUGCCCUGGGCAUUGAAGGGAGAGCUGACAGAGCUGGAGAAGGAGCCAGCCCUCCCUACUGGGAGCCAUCGAAACCAUCACCCCAACAUCUCCCUCCAGCAGAUCUCAGAACUGAAACCAUUUCCAGUGCCAGCAGUGGCUGUCCUGCAUUAUCCGUGCUCAGCGCUGUGCUUGGGCGUUUUUCCUGGAUUUGGGAGUUCAGCUGAGCAGCCCCUUGGCUUAGCUGUGCUGGAGGAGGGGCAGAGGACACGCACACUAUGGGCUGAAAUCUGAAAUCUGGCAGCUGGGACAAAGUCACCUCUCCCUGCACAGCCAGCAGGUUUUGCCAAGAGCUGCUUCCCUGGGCUGUGGAUUGACUCUGGAUCUCCCUCAAGGGCUAUCGAGGGGAGGGCUGAGCCUUUUUUCUGGCUUUGCCUGGUGGGGAGGAGUGGAUGGGCUUGGCUUAACCCUCAGGAGCAAAUCCCAGCACCUCAGUCCUGGCCCUGAGCUGUGCCAGACCCUCCCCUGUGAGCACCGGGUCUGUGCAGGGCUUUGGGAGCUCAUCCUCCCCAUGGAGGUCACUGGGAUCUGUUUUCCAGCCAAGCCUCCCCAUGGAGGUCACUGGGAUCUGUUUUUCCAGAGGUCACAGAGCUCUCUUUUCCAGCCAAACCUCCCCUCUGUGCAGCCACAAGGCUCCAACACUGGUACUCGUCCCUCCCAAGCUGCCAUGGUGGAGAAAAUGUGAAUAAAUUGUAAAGAAUUAAGAGUUCCAAGAUGGCAUCUCUGUGUUUGGAUUAUUCUUAUUUUGUGUGUUAAUUUAAAAAUGUCUGUUCCAGUCCAAGCGCUGCACUGCUGUUGGAAGUUGCUUUUUUUUUUUUUUUUUCCACUUCAGGGUAUUUUUGUAACUGUACAGUAGCAAUAAAAGAACAAACUUGGUAGAAAAAUCAGUGUGGGGGUGU